AUGAGGAAUACGUUAGUGGCAAUCUUAUUUGUGGAUCUACGCCUUUUGAACCGCUCGCUGCUGGUGGAAACGUUAGUGCAUCUAUUUGUGGACUACCCUUUUGCACGCUCCUGCUGGUCUGUUUCAUCUGUUGGCCACCGUACUGCCUCAUCUGGAAAUUUCAUUGACUGGUUUAGUUCUUUAUUGGGGCAGCUGAAUAAUGAUUUAUCUAAAGAGUUUGCAAUGAUACUUUGGUCUUUGUGGGAGGCUCGAAACGCAGCUGUUUGGAAAGGGGUAUUUCAAGACCAAUGGCACGUUAAGCGUAAAGCGGGUUCUGUGUUAAAUGACUGGGAAAGAGCUCAAACUGUGGUACAAAGAACACAUCAGCCUGCACAGCUGGUGCAAUGGUCACGUCCACCAGAGGGGACCUUGAAGAUUAAUGUGGACGGUGCUUGUUUCUCAACUGGUUAUGCAGGUGUGGGUUAUGUGGCUCGUGAUUGCAAUGGUGCUUUUAUUGGUGCUUUCCAAAAAUCUUUCAGCGGUGCUCUUGAACCCAGGUUUGUGGAAUUGUUGGCUAUUCAUGAGGCUUUAUCCUGGAUCAAAAGAGAAGGCUGGCAUCUAGUUAUGGUAGAAUCAGAUGCUCUUGACUGUGUCCGUGCAGUCCUGGAUUCGAAUUAUGUUGAUGAUUCUAGUUUUGGUUUGUUUGUUAUUGAUUGUAAAUCUCUGCUUAGUUAG